CGACAAUCAAAGAUUCCACCUUAUAACGUUUACACCAAGCUUACUUAUAAUGAUGUUAUUUAUUAAUUUGUGAUUUUUUAUUUAUUAUACACUAUUUUAUUUUACUUUCUAUUAUAUUAGCAGUUUUUGUGAAUAAAUUAAUUUUUUGGUAAAUUAUUUCUUCAAAACAAAUGGAAUUUGUAAAUAAUUGAUGUAAAUGAUAGUAAUAUACAUGAUAAAUGAUCAUUUUGGUAAUUGAGUAAUUUUAAAAGAAACAUUACUGGGUUAAAUUAGUCCAUUAUGUAGAAUAUGUGUGGAAUUUGUAAAAUAAAGUUAUAAUGGCAGAUGAUUCUGAAUGGCGGAGGAGGAAGAAGCAGUCGUUUGUGUUUUGCGGCUUACUUUCUGGCGUGAUAACGAAGACUAUUUGUGCUCCUUUCGAUCGGAUCCGCCUUUUAUACCAAGUUCAGCCUAUGUUUGGCCAAUAUAGCAAUGAAGGGUUAGUUGGUGAAAAGAAAUACCGGGGCGUUAUUAGAACGGCUCAGCGUAUUUUUAGGGAAGAAGGUUUAAAAGGCCUUUGGAGAGGAAAUUUGGCAAAUACAAUAAGAGGCGGGAUUUGCUAUGCUACUAAAUUUGGCAUAAAUGACUCAACUCGAGAGUAUUUAAAGUCAAACUCACUCUUACAGAAUUGGAUGAGGACCAGAGCAUUUUCAUCAUCAAAUCAGAAAAGAGCAGAAUCGCAAAACCAAGUUAUACUUUCGCUAAUUGCCGGUGGAACUGCGGGCCUAGUUCAAAAGAGUUUUACAUACCCAUUGGACCUUCUAAGUGUAAGAAUGGCGCUGGGAAUUAACACUAAACAUCUUUCAACUUGCACUUAUACUGGGAUUUUUGACUGUUUUUCGCAGAUAUUUAAGACUGAAGGUUUAAUGGGAUUUUACAAGGGUUUCAUACCUACUAUGGUAACUGGAGUGCCGUAUGUGGCAUUACAGUUGUCGUUUUUCGAUUUUUAUCGCAAGGCGCUCAACGAUUUCUUAUCUAAAAAAGGGGAAAAACUUUCAAUGAAACAAAUCGCCUUUAUGUCCUCAAUUGCUGGCUCAGCUGCCGGAGCAUCCGCCCUUUUCAUUGUCUUUCCAGGAGAUACCGUGAGGAAAAGAAUGAUGAAUAAUGCAAUUUCUAGUGAAAAUAGAUUAUAUAGAGAUUCCAUCUACUGUAUGAAAUAUAUAUUCAAAAAUGAAGGGAUUUUGGCGUUUUAUCAUGGGUUAUUUCCUUCUAUGUUGAAAUCGUUACCAUCCGGAGCAAUUCAGUUUUUAAUGUACGAGAAUUUAUUCUAUUUUUACGCCCUAACUCCUGCACCUUACAUCAUAAACUGUACACUACUUUUUUAUGUUCCGAAUUUCAGUUUUCUAAUAAUUUUAAAAUUGUCUAAUAUUACACAAAUUGAAAAUUGUGGAAUUUCUUCGAAUUUAUAG